UUGCGGCAGGUGCUGCCACCUGCUCCGAGGGCGUGGCGCUAGUUCCAGCGGAGCUUAGUUCAACGAAAGCUCCUGCAUGUGACGCACCACUGGAGCAGCAGCAGCGGUCGCUUUGAGGUCGAGCGAGAGAGCCCCGAAGGGAGAGGGUGGCGCGCGCGAGAGGGUUGAAAAGAGAGAGAGAGAGAGAUAGUAGUAGCGUGCGCGCGUGUAGAGGGACUAUCCUCGAAAGGAUAGGACGGAUAACGACGAGAAGGAAAGAGCGAGAGAGAGGGAUAGAGAAAGAGAGAGAAAGACAGAGGUUGAGAAAGAGGUGAAGAGCGUGUGUGCGCGCGCGCGUUCGCGCGUAGAGACGCGUGCGUCCUCGUGUGUGCUUGCGACGUAUCUCGAAUAGCAGGAUCGCACAGAGAUGAAUGGACGGUUGGUCUGCCGUGCCUUAUCGCGACGAUGAUAUCGAAAAGAGGCCGAAUACGAGACUCCACCGAGGCGUCGUCGGAAGCGUCGGGAGGACGAUAUGGCUCUGGAGCUGUGCUCCCUUCAUCCUCCUUUUCCAGGACGAAAUCGACUGAGGAUACUUCGUUCAAGACGGUGGUGAUUAUCGGAGAAGAAGAGCUCUGUAGCCGGCAGUGACCAUGGCGCCUCUCGUCGCGUGCGUGCGUAACGGCGGACGAACGUGUGUGCGGUCGGUCGACGUAAAAGCGUGACGAUAUCGAAGAGCACAGUGACUCGUUGCUGUUUAAGUAUACAUAUAUGUAUAUAUGUAUUGCAUGUGUGAUAGAGGAAUUGAAGGAUCGUGCGAGUGACGGAUGUGGCGACGUGGGAAAAUACGCUGACGAUUUUCGUACGUUCGAUCGGCUUUGCCAAUUUCCAACUGUCCCUAAAUACCCUGCGUAACUAUCUCGGUCUCUCUCUCUCUCUCUCUCUCUCUCUCUCUCUCCUUUUCUCUUUCUCUCUCUGUCUUGCAUAUAUAAUUAUCAUUGUGUACAAAGUUCGCCCUCGUUAAUCAAAUCAGUUGCAAUGGUGUUGCACGAAAUGGUGAUCUUCUACGAGGCCAAUUUGGAUAGAGGAAGCUCAGCAUCUUUGUGUCCACCGUUAUUGACGCAUACUUACAGAAGACUGAGGUGUAUCAUCCCACAUUCAAAACAACAUAUCGCUUAUCCACCAUAAAAGGGGGAAAAGGGUGAUGGCCCGUACCACGCGCUCGCGACGAAAAAUGGCGAAUACGAGCGAUGCUCCCUCGACUGCGAGCAGCCUUUUGUCGAGUACGACGACGACGCCUUUCAGCAACCCCACGUCAACGACCUAUUCGACCGAGGGCUAUACAUUCAAUUACAGCGACCUCGCGAAUUUUGCCGGCUACUCCUUGGAUGAGCUGAAUCACACAGGACUUUGGAUAGACGUGUGGAACGGCACCGAGGUUGCUGAUAACGUGACUGAGAGGUUAAAUGCCACUGUAUUGAUACCCGGUGGCUAUUGCGACGAGUGGGAGGCAGCGCAGCACAAACUCUUCCAGGCAGCGAAUAUAUUCUUCAUGGUGGCCUUUCUGGUACCGCGCUCAUUUAAGGCCUCCGUCUUGGCCCUCCGUACAUUUCUAACAGCCGGAUUUAUGCUGGCUGCGUUGUGGGCCGGUAUCACCAUAUGUGCUCUCGACGCCAUGCUCUGGUGUCUCAUCCUCGGCCUUCUCAACGGCAUACACUCCUUGAUACUAGCUUGUCGAUUUUUACCGCCUGCUCUCAGUCCGGAGCUCGCGGAAUUAUAUCUCAAGCUUUUCAAACCUUACAAGGUCAGCAAGAAGCACUUUCAAGAAUUAGCCAAAGAAGCGAGGAUACUCAAAUUAGAUGCUGGUCAGACAUACGCAACCGAAGGGAUCACGCCCGCGGACGAAAGGCUAUCAAUACUUUUGCGUGGACAGCUGAACGUAACGUGCGACGGUACCCACCUGCACCAUGUCAGAGCUUAUCAAUUCGUCGACUCGCCCGAAUGGGAAGCCACGCACGAAAACAUCGAUGACGUCUUCCAGGUAACGAUACGAGCCGAAGAAUCCAGCACAUACAUUUGCUGGACAAGGCUGAAAUUGCUGAGGGUAUUAAGGCAUAGGCCGUUGCUAAAGGUCGUUCUCAACACCCUCAUCGGUAAGGACAUUACGUCCAAGUUAUACGCCCUUAACGAGCAGCUCGCUGACGUCUCCACGGUCAGUGAGAACACCAGGUCGAAUCCUUACAGAGGCGUCGCCAGAAGUCUUAGCGUCGACGCCGUAAACACAGAAACUGCCGGAAGAGUUCGCUCAACCACGUGGAAGGCGCAAAGGAGGCACAGUAAUCCGCGUAGUGACAGAAGUUCACCGGCCCGAUAUUCUCAUCAGUAUUGGGCGCCUGUGGUGGCGAAUCAUUUUCCACCGACUUCGCCCUUCACCCAGGGCCAAAACCUCGGGUAUUCGUUACUGCCGCAGGGUGUUCAAUUCUCGCCACCACGGCGGGGGCCGCUCAUGUCACAUCCGCCAUUGACGCGGCAACGUAGUGGCGGUGCGGGUGGCGAUUACACCUUGCUACCUCAAACACCGAAGCUCGAUAGGAAGCGUUCGAAAAAGGGCACGAGGGAGGUAACAUUCGAGACGCCGGUAUGACGGUCGCUCGACGGGGAAGGCCCAGCCAGCGUGCCGCUUCUUUCGCUGUCGCCGCUACGUUUUGCCUAGCCCCGUCGAGGUUUCGAGAAUCUUAAGAAGCAAGUCAAAUUCAAAAAAGGAUUCUCAUUACUCGAGCAUUCACCUCCUCGGCGUCGAUUUUGGUGGCAUCCAGGCAAGCAGACGCGCGAUGGAGGAAGAAGAGGAGGCCUAUUGGCCGAUCGUCAAGCCCCAACCUCUGGCCCCUCCUCCUCUUCGAUGUCUAUUCGGACUUAUCAGGAUGAUCCGGACGUCGAAGAGACGACUCUGUGGUUCUAAAAAAAUGCGAUGAAACUCCUUCCGCGUGUGCAGGCUCCCUUUAAAAAUAUUUGCACUAGCUCGGACUCCUUCAGACUCUUUCGUAAAUAUCGCGAGUGCUACGAGCCUUAUACACACACUUACACACAAAACAGACCCACAUACACGCAGGUACUAUUCGUACACCCGAAAAAAUGAACGAAAAGAACUUUAAGUUGCUAUAAGAAAUAAAAAAAAAGGAAAUCCGCGAACGAGAAUGCAUCGAGGUCGGACGAGAAAGGGAGUCGAAGGACGAAACGCGGUAAAGGGGUGGAGGAGAGGAAAAUGGAAGAGCUUUUUUACCUUCACCGGAGAACGUCCUUCCUAAUUUUUCGAGGAAUCUCUAUUUAUAUGUCUCUCUCUUUUUUCUUUCUCUCUUUUCUCUCUUUUCUCUCUCUCUCUCUCUUUUUCGUAGCUGAAAAAUGUGAAGAAAGUUGGGAAGAGAGAAAAAGAUGAAGAGAAAGGGUCGAAAAAAGAGAUUGGAGUAUAUCGCGUUAUAUCUUAGAUGUGCAUAGCCUCUAUGUACUUAAACCCAUACAUCGACUGUGAUUAUAACGGAUAUAAUUCUUAAGUCUUUCAAGGGGUAUCGCAAAAAAUCGACUCUAUUGAACUGUAAGUUUCUCAGCGACAUCGAUCUUAUUAUUUUAGGGAGUGUCUUCGUAUCGUACGCGUUUGAGUCAUUGCAUCAUGGACGCGUGAUUCCAAACUUUUUCUUCCACCUAAAUUGCCUAAAAUAUUUGUUUCAUUGUUUUUCCAUAAUCAAGAGACACGUUCCUUAAAUGUUAACAUGUUCAUUGUUCUUUUAUGUCCUAUUUAUCAGAGUUAGGACAAUUUUUGUUAUAGGACUCCUAUAUAAUAUGUUGUUUAGAACUGUUCUGAGAUUAAUCUGCCUAAAGUGUGGUUCAUGUAUGGAUGUGCAUUAAAGAGUAGUAAACAUGUUAAAUUUGAUAAUCUAUUUCUUCUCUUAGUUUCGCAACUUUUUUUACAAGUUCAUCGUUAAAGUAUCGUAAAGGAGUUAAAGUAUUCGCUAUUUAUCUCUCUCUCUCUCUCUCUCUCUCUCUCUCUCGCUCUUUUUCUGACGAAAAAAAGAAAAUCAUUAGUCUUCCUCCGAGUUUUCCAUCGACGUGUCCAAGCCGUAUCGAUCGUGGGUAGUUGCACAAAAAAACGAAGCUCCACUCGUUGCAAAAACGAUACCUCGACUCAACACGAAGAUCUCUAAUCACGAGCGAAGUGAUACUUGCACUAUUUCAAUAUAUCAUGGGCCAUUCUCACCUCUCCGCCACUCCAUCACAAUUCUCCCAACUCAUCGACUUUAGAACAAACGCGUUCCGUGUUACACGAAACGCCAAAUAUAGAAACUAACUCCACGGACAAAAAUGGACAUGAGACAUUGAAGUGAAUUAUCCAGAUAUAUAAUGCAAUAAGUGCUUUGUUUAAAAAAAAAGAAUUUAAAAAUCUGCAAUAAAGUGCUUCGAGAACAAAUGAAAAAAAAAACAACAAAUUGUAAAAUAGUUGAUUGCAAAUGGAAUUAAGAGACGAAAUGGUUUAUUAUUAACACAGAAUUUGAGGUGAAAGGAAGAAAAGUAGGCGUGCUAAAAUAGAUACACAUAUGUAAAGAAGAGAAAAAGAAUAAAAAGAGGAGGAGGAGAGGGAGGGGAAGAAAACGACGAAGGAAAUAAAGAAGAAGGACUACGAUGAUGACACAAAUUAAGAAAACAUGUGUGUUUGUAUGUUUCUAUGUUUAUAUAAUCCCCGCGUGUGAAAGCCAGGUCGAAGAAGAUUUAGAAAAAAAAAAACCAAAGACGCAUAAACGAUUUAAACAAAAGAAACAUUAAAUUUCGAAAGUUUAAAGGACGAGUGAAAAAUAUUGCGCAGAAAAGAGUGCUGGCAUAGUGACAGACAAACAAAAAUAUGAGAAAUGGGAGUAAACGCGCGUGUGUGUCUAUGCGUGCGUUGAAUUACGUUGAAGAGAGAGAUAUGCUGACGAAAAUAAAACGAAACAAAAAAGUUUGUAGAGUACGCUUGCGAGUCGAUCAAAUGAGCGUGCGUGUGUGAUAAUUAUUAAUAAUAAUAAUUAUUAUUAUAAUAAUAAUAUUAAUAUUAAUAUUAAUAAAAAUAAUAAUAAUAAAAAAAAUAAUAAUAAAAAUAAUAAUAAUAAUAAUUAAAAAAAACCGGAGCAAAGGAUCUUACACGUCGGAAAAUAUGUUUCGUACCUGAUAGAUUUUGCUAUGUAAUACAUCGCGUUUCUUAGAUGAUGACGUUCCAUGUUUCGAAUUCUUAACACUUGCAUUGCGUCAUAUAAAAAUAGGAUAAAUAUGAAAAUAAUUCGGUAAAAAAAAAUUAUUUUUCUUUCUUCUCCUUUUUAUUCUUCAAUUGGAUGAAUAGUAUACGCAUUAAGUUUAUAAGAUUACAUUAAAAUCAAUGCUGCUUUUUCCAUCUUUUUGUAUCCUAAUUUGCAACGAAAGUGUUAAGAAAUCGGUACGAUGAUCUUUGCAAAUUGCGUAGUAAGAAUCCUUAAUGUAGAUCAAUCGUUUCACUGAAGGAUAUAUUUUGCUUUCGACUUCGACUAGUGGGCGUGUAUCUAGCAAUCAUAUACAUACAUGUAUUAUAUCGAGUCGCAAUGAUAUUUAUAUACGAGCAUCGUUAUAUAAUUCAUCGUUACGAUUUGUCCAUUAUAAAACGAAGUACAAACUAUUCGUUGUUUGGUUUCCGAUCGACGUGCCUAGCCUGCAUUUUGUGUUUUAGAAAAGUAGAAAAAGUAAAAUAUGAUCUUUCCUCGUUUACCAUAAGCAAUAGCAUUUAAAAACCUGUGUAGAAUUAACACAUGACACGAGGAAGUAUCGAUCGAUAUAAUGCACACACACGCGCGAUAGUUGUUACGGACUCGAAUCCAUCGAACGCGAAUCGUUUUUUCUAUUGUAUAUAAAUAUAUCGAGCGAGCAAAAAUUUCGUUCUUAUAAUGUCGAGUAAAAAAGAAAAAAGAGAGAGAAAAAUUUGUUUUAUCAUUUUUAAAGCGUUGUUGCUUCACGAAGGAUGGAGAAAUCAAAUGAAAAUUGAAAAGAAUUAGGUACGUUCAAACGCGGCUCGUCCCGAUUCUUUGACCACCAAAUCAGCCGCACGUCGAUAUUGGCACGAAACCAGCUGUGCGAAACGCAAGGGCCGAAUUUCUGGCUUGAUUUUAGGCUGAGUUAUUUACAUACGAAUAGAGACCGAACGGAAUGCAUUUGGCAAAUAUUUCUUCGUACGCUCGAUCGUUUCGACGUCCACAUAUGCGUUUAAUGUACACGAUACAGACAAAAAAUAUUUCACAGUUGCAUACGCGAUUAUGAAAUAUAAGUUACGAGCUCGAGCUCAAAGUACCCCAUCCCUUUUUCUGUCUCUCUCUCUCUCUCUCUCUCUCACUCUCUCACCCUUACACUCUUUCUCUUUCUCUUUCUCUCUCCCUAUCUGUGAAAAAGAUACAAAUUCUUUCGGUUUAUUUACAUUUAAAUUUUCUAUUCCAUACUAUCAGUGGCAAAUAUUAAUUAUCAACCGAUCGAUACUCGGCUGCGAUAAUUUCAGAAAAGGUACGAAAUAAAGAAAUCGCAAAUGAAAAACACAUAUCAAACGUAGGGUGCUAGAGUAAGCUAUUGUAUAUUUGAAUAAUGGUUUAUUUACUGAAUUAUUUUCAUGGAAUGUAAUUUUGUAAUGAUCUCCGAUAGAUUUGCUCGAUAGAUGAAAAAUAUAAAAUUCAUAUAUUUUAUUGGACUCUGACAGAAAGUUAUUGAAAAUAAUAAAAUAAAAUUUUUACAUUCAGUCACCCUACUUAUGCAUCGAAUUUACUAGAGAAAGAAUUGUUAAAAUAUCUUGUUUUCGAGAGAGAAAAAUAGCUUAAAAGCAAAAGAGAGAUAGAGAUAGAAAGGGAGAGAAUACGUGAAGUAAAAGAACAAUAUAUUUUCCGACGUAGGAUCGGCUUUAAAAAAAGGGAUGCGUCUGAAUGUGCGCGAGUGUCUUUAUCGAUGUUGUGAACCGUGUUACGAGAAACAAAUAAAAUGAACAAAAAAGAGGAAGAAGAAGAAAAAGAAGGAAUAUAAUGAGGAAAAUAAAACACAAGAGACUACAGCGACGACUGCAAAAAAAAAGAAAUAAGAAAACGUACGUAAAGCCAACAAACACACCACCGUGACUCAUGAUUACAAUAAUAAUUGAUGACGAUGUUUACGACGAAGCGAAAAAGAAAAAAAAAGAAAUACUAACACCGUACAAUGAACAAAGACGACAAGCACUGUAUAUUAUUACUAUUAUUUAUUAUUACGAUAUGUUCGUUGACUAUUAUGUUAGAAAUAAAAACUACAUUGAGAAAUGA